ACGUAAAAGAAAGCCAAUCAUAUGAUUGCAUCUUGAUAGACUCAUUUUACAUAAAGUUAAUUUCUGUUCUAUUUUUUUUUCUUCUUUGUUUACAUAAAAAUGUCCUUGUCUCGCGUCCACACUGAUUCUGCUCCUGCUGCUCUUGGUCCUUACUCUCAAGCUAUCAAGGUUAACGGCUUUGUUUAUACUUCUGGCCAAAUUCCUAUUGAUCCUGCUACAGGUGAAAUUGUUGAGGGUGGUAUCAAGGAACACACUAAGCAAGUCUUGCUUAACCUUACCGAAGUCCUUAAGGCUUCCGGUUCCAGCCUUGAAAAGGUCAUCAAGACUACUGUUUUCCUUCGUGAUAUGAACGACUUUGUUCCCAUGAACGAAGUUUAUGGAUCCUUCUUUUCUUCUCAUCAACCUGCUCGUUCUGCUGUUCAAGUUGCACGUCUUCCCAAGGACGUUGCUGUUGAAAUUGAAUGCGUCGCUUUGACUGAUUGAAUAUAUCAAAAUAAACU